UGAAAACCCAGGGUAGGGUUUUAGAAAUUCCCUUGACCAAAUCCAGCCAUGUCUGCAUACCCCUAUAUAAGCAGCCCUCUUCCUUGAUGCGUUCGCUCCUUCCCCUUUUACAAACUUCAGCCAAAAACACAAGAAAUUUCAGAAAAUUCCUCUCUUUCCAACUUCGGCCUUUCUCCCCACUUCCAAAGCUACAACCUACCCCGUCGCCGCCGCCGCAGCCGUCAAGUGAAGGAGCAUUCAACCCCAGAUUCUCCAAUUUUAUUGUUGAAGCGACAACAUUUGAUAUUGAUAUGGGCGCGAGUGGAGAGAAAACAGGGGAUGAGGAGGAACAGCAAAAGGAGACCUCAAAGGCUGCCUCCCUUGAUCUCAAUGAUUACACUGUCAUCAGAGAAGGAGAGGCUGAGAUUCUCAUGCACGCUAAAAACGAAGUCUUCUACAAUAAAACCCAGGUUAAUAACAGAGAUAUGUCUAUUGCUGUUCUGAGGGCAUUUAUAGCAAAACGCAAGCUGGAACAUGAAGCAAUGUUGUCAAAAAGAAUGAAAGCAGUAGCAAAGGUAUCAGAUAAGCCUGUUGACAAAACAGAAGCUUCAGUAGAGUCCAUCUCUGAGGCUGAAAAAUCUAAUGGUCGAUACGAAGCUUCAGAAGAGGCGUCUGAACAUGAACCUUGUAGCACAUCAGAGAAGCUGGUUGAUAAUAUAGAGGAGAAAAGCCGAGGAGGGUUGAAACCACCCCGAGUUCUUGAGGCUUUGUCAGCUUCUGGUUUGAGAGCUCUAAGAUAUGCACGGGAAGUUGAAGGAAUUGGCCAGGUUGUAGCAUUGGACAAUGAUAAAGUGUCAGUUGAAGCUUGCCGGAGAAACAUCAAGUUCAAUGGGUCAGUAGCAUGUUCAAAGGUGGAAUCUCACCUCGCUGAUGCGAGAGUUUACAUGCUUACCCAUCCAAAAGAAUUUGACGUGGUGGAUCUUGAUCCUUAUGGCUCACCCUCCGUGUUUCUGGACUCUGCUGUCCAAUCAGUCAUUGAUGGCGGCAUCUUAAUGUGUACUGCAACUGAUAUGGCAGUACUUUGUGGGGGUAAUGGGGAGGUUUGCUAUUCCAAGUAUGGCUCCUAUCCAUUAAGAGGAAAGUAUUGCCAUGAAAUGGCUUUGAGGAUCCUUCUUGCCAGCAUUGAGAGCCAUGCAAAUCGGUAUAAAAGGUACAUUGCUCCAGUAUUAUCUGUUCAGAUGGACUUCUACGUGCGUGUUUUUGUCCGUGUAUAUACUUCGGCAAGUGCAAUGAAAAACACUCCUUUAAAGCUCUCAUAUGUUUAUCAAUGCACUGGCUGUGAUUCUUUUCAUCUUCAAGCAAUUGGGCGUACCGUCUCUAAGAAUACCAGUGUGAGAUAUCUUCCUGGGUUUGGGCCUGUUGUUCCCCAAGAGUGCAGUGACUGUGGCAAAAAAUAUAAUAUGGGCGGACCAAUCUGGUCUGCUCCCAUCCAUGAUCAAGAAUGGGUAACUUGCAUUCUUGAAGAUGUGAAAUCCAUGAAGGAUCACUAUCCUGCUUAUGAUCGCAUCUCAGCUGUAUUGACAACAAUUUCAGAGGAAUUGUCUGACGUUCCUCUGUUUCUGAGUUUGCAUAAUCUGUGUGCAACGCUGAAGUGCACUUCCCCCUCAGCAGUUAUAUUCCGAUCUGCUGUCAUCAAUGCUGGAUAUCGUAUAUCAGGAACUCAUGUCAAUCCACUUGGGCUGAAAACAGAUGCUCCAAUGGAUGUCAUUUGGGACAUAAUGCGUUGUUGGGUCAAAAACCAUCCUGUGAAGGCUCAACCUCCAGACCAAGCUGGAAGUGUGAUCCUUGCAAAGGAACCUGUUCUACAGGCUAAUUUUGCACGAGCCGUGGCAUCUUUAAGCAAGGCACAGGCCAAGAAGGUUGCACGGUUCCUUCCUAAUCCUGAAAGGCAUUGGGGACCAAAGCUGAGGGCUGGUCGUCAGAUCACGAGCAAGCACGUCUCACUUCUUGGUGUAGAUGCAGUGAAUGGUGCUAGCAACCAUGAGGAGGACAGCGAUGAACCUGCAGCCAAGCGUAAGAAGGCAGAGGAUCUUACACCUAGUUAAUAAAAUUUUAAGAAGUCCUCGCGGCCCAGUUAUUGGGCAAAAGCAUCUUCAACCUUGGUGAUCAGUUUGCUCUGAUGCAUUGCCAUUGCAGAGAGACCAGUAUUGCCGGGGGGAUAAUUUUGUCAAAGGUGCCAUAUGAAAUCGAAGGAUAGAUAGAUAGUUUCUGUGAAUUCUCUGAUUUUGAAGGAGCAAUGCCAGUUUUUGUUGGUUUAGUAAUUCUUUCUGGUGAGUUACUUGUGUAUGUAUUGCAUUUGUUCUUUUGUCUUCU